GGAGCUUUACUAUCAGACAUCACAAAAGGUAAAGCGCUUAAGAAAGCGGUCACGAAUGAUCGAUCAGCGCCGAUAAUUGGGAAGACAUCUGGAGGGUCAGCAGCGCCAUCAGCUGGAGCCCCACCGGUACCUGGAAUGCUAAAGGCGCCUGGAGGACUUGCACCGCCUGUCCCUGGAGGAGGAAAUAGAGCGAGAAGCAAUAGCGAUCAGACUAGCAGAGAUUCCGGAGGUACAUCGGGGAUGGAGCAGCCACCGCAAUUAGCAGGCUUGUUUGCAGGUGGAAUACCGAAAUUGAAGAAGCGUGGCGGGGGAGUUGAUACAGGAGCGAACCGGGAAUCAUCGUACACAUCGGAUCCAGAGUCGUCUGCAAGUUCUGCACCGAGGCCACCAGGAAUGGCAGCGCCAAAACCACCAACUGCUGCACCGCCAAUACCAAAUUCGCAGAAUGGAUUAGGUCCUACAUUUUCCCCUUCUAUUGCGAAUCUGAGGAAAACUGGGGGCUUCAAUGCGCCAAGGCCAAUGUCAGCUGCGUCCAUGAAAGGUCCUCCUCCUCCGAUUGGGAAGAAACCCCCGGUGCCUCCAGGCAGUAGGAAGCCGUCCACACUUGCGCCCUCGCCUCCCUUUUCAGCACCCGCUCCUCAAUCUGCUCCUCCUCUGCCAUCUUCUGCUGCACCCUCUCCUCCAUCUGCUCCUCCACCACCUCCUGCUGCUGCACCACGGCCUCCCAUAAGUUCGACCCGAUCACAACCCCCUCCCCCACCAACUUCUCCUCCAUCAACGAACGGCUCAGGCCAAAGUCUUGCAAUGCAAGCCGCUAUUCGUGCAGCGAGUCAAAAUUCUCCAGCCGCAGCGCCACCACCACCACCACCUCCCCCAAACACUAGCCCUCCUUCAGCUUCCCCAAUACCGACCACGUCCAGGCCACCUCCAGCCCAGCAACCUAUCAGAUCAAUGCUAGACCCAAGUUCUUACACUCUAUCCUCGAACGGAGGUUUACCUAAAAAUCCUAGUCCCCAUAGAAAUUCUGAGCCAUCAAGGAGGUUAGUCAUAAACGAUCCGAGAUGGAAGUUCCAAGACGAAUCCAUGUUACCAAAACCGAGAGACUUUCACGGAGGGCCAAAGAGGUAUCGGGCUGGACGUGGGAGCAGUGUACCUUUAGAUUUAAGCGCUUUCCAUUGAGGAGUUAUUCAAUGGCCUGACUGGUAGGGAUGGGAGGCAAGGGUCGGCGCUCGAGCGAAAACGCUACAAUUAGGAAUGGGCAUUCGACACUUGUACUUAGGAAAUGAAGGGUGUCAGACGUAUUAUAUGACUGAUGCUUAGUUCCAAUCUUGCGAUGGACAGUGAAAGCAGCAUGGUGUCAGAUAUCCCCAGUCCAGCCUGUGACAUUUAUCUAGAUUGAAGGAAGAGGAUGUUAAUGAUAUUCUGGAACUCCUCGGAGAUAUCAAGGGAGAGUCGUCUUUGAAUGUGCCAUAAUGUCAGAGAGUCUCCAGAAGUGAAGUACUUGGAGUCUCCAACGUAAGUUAGGACACUUGAAGGGAGAAGACUCAGUACGUCACCUGAUGGAAUAUCCAAAGGAA